UGACGUAGGACAAGAUUACUUUAGCUUUUUUGAGUGCAACAUCACACUACUAAUUCAUUGAGUUUUAAGUCCACUAAACUAUCAGAUCUUUUUUUCUGAACAACUGUUUUGUAAUUAUAUCUUGCACUUAUGAAGUUGAUUUGUUGUAUUCAAGGGUAAGACUUUAUCCUUACUAAAUUUCUACCUCAUAGCUGACAAAUUGGCUCACAAAAUUCAUCAAGUCAAUCAGUUUUAAAUGUAAUUGGGAAAUGCUUAACAAAAUAAACAGAUAUAGAAUAGAACAUAAAUAAUGUCAAGUUGUAGUUUUCUGAGUCAAUAUAAAGGGAUCUGUUUCUUUUUGAAUUUAUCACCAUUGCUCACUGUUUGUUCCUCCUAGCUUUGUGUCAUUUGUAAAUCUGUACACCCCAUCUAUGUCUAUGACUUUAAGUUAUUGAUAAAAAUGUUUACUAACACAGGGAUAUGAAGAGAUCCUUGGGCUACCACACUUGGGGCAACCAGCAACAUUGACAUUGAAGUAUUAGCAAUUGUUCUUUGAUUCCAACUUCUCCAGGAAUUCUGAAUACAUCUAAUUGUAUUAAUAUUCCAUACCUCAUCUUCUCAUCUCCACAAAAUAAUAAGAGAUUCUUUUUCAAACAUUUUGCUAAGAUAUAGGUAAUUUCAACCUAUAAGAUUGCCCUACUAUUUUAGUACUUUUGUUAAAAGAAAACAUGAGGUCAAUUUGCUAUUCCCUAACUGGUUCUUUGGAAACACUAUUUACAAGUCUAGAAGUUCACAACCAUAUCUAUAAUGAAUCAUUCUUUGAAUUUUACCAGAAUCAAAGUAUAGCUCUUUUGACUAUAGUUUAGUGACUUUUGCCUUUUUUUGAAAAUCAAGAUGCUUACCCUUCUCUAUAUCUAAUGAUAUCUUUCCUGUUCCUAUAAUCCUUCAAAUGUUACUAAUAGUUGCUCAGAAGUCACAACCCAUAUAUUUAUUCUCUGGUUCAAUAAACAUUCAUUAAGCAUCUAUUCUGGAGAAAAAGAGAUUAUACUCUAGUGUACUUACUAGUAUGAAAAACAUUUUCCACUGUACCUGUUUAGCAUUAUUUUCCUUUGGAAGUCACCUACUGAGAAGUCAGAGCAUUAUCUGGUACAGUCAUUGAAAAUUGCUUUUUCAGUCUUUUUUUUCUUUGAUAGAGAUCCAGCUCAUUGUGUGGUGAUAUUUGGUCAAAGUCAUGAAAAGUGAUAGUGGACAGUUUUCCUUUCCACCUGCAUAUUAUGUUUUCCAAAGCUCAGUGGUAGGGAAAAUAUUCAUCACAAAUGGGUGUGUAAUCAGUUUCACAUGAUUAAUUAUCCCCAUAGUUAUGUUACAGCAUAAAAUAGACUUUAUGAGAGUGAAAGGUGAGUUAUUUUGAUGAAAUUUUUUUCAAAAGGGAAUAUAGUUUUUUCAGAUGUAAACUAGCUCAAUGGAUAUAUUGUCUGUGAUAUAACCUGGAUCUCUUGUUCUUUCUUGUUAGAAGAGGAAGCGAAUAGUCAUGAAAAGAAAAAUAGCUGUGGUCUUUUGCUUCUAGAAGCUCAGCCAUGUGCAUUUGAUAACCUGGAAAUUUGAUGGCUUCAUUGCAAUUGUUUCUAGUCUUGGUGAAGACACUGAUAUUAAUGAAGAAUUUAAGUAAACAAUAAAUAGUUUAAACUCUGAAGUGGCUGAUAAUUAUGAUAAAUCCUAAUUCAUCUUCCAUGAUAUUUGAAUAUUGAUAUGAAAACUGCUAGAAAAUAACCCCACCAACUUGAAUUUAGUGGAAAAUACGCUGAACUGGGAGUCAGGUCUGUUUCUCAAUUUGUGAAGAUUGUUCUCUUCAGGUUUCCUUCUAGAUGCCUAAAUUAGUGAUGGCAGAAUCCACUCAUAAAAAUUCCAGUUAUGGGAAUCAGUCCUGAAAUCAUUAGUUUUCCUGAAGUACAACUAAAAAUGAAGCCCUCUUCUGACUGCUAAUGGCACUCAUCUCUCUAAUUAUGAAAAUGGUCUUCCUUUUGCUGAAAAUGUCUCUAAUUCUUUGACAACGGCUUAAGAACAAUGGGGUCAAGUACACUCGGGAAAGCAGCAACAUUGGAUGAGCUGUUGAGCACAUGCAUCGAAAUGUUUGAUGACAGGGGAGAAUUGAGCAACAGUUAUUUGCCAAGAAUUGUUCUUUUGAUGCACCGAUGGUAUCUAUCAUCCACUGAGCUGGCAGGAAAACUUCUCUCAAUAUAUCGAGAUGCUUGUGGGGAAGGAUGUGAUGAAUUCCGCCUAAAGGUUUGCUACUUCAUGAGAUAUUGGAUUCUGGAGUUCCCAGCAGAAUUUAAUCUGGAUCUUGGUUUGAUUCGUAUGACUGAGGAGUUUCAGGAAGUAGCCAGCCAACUGGGAUAUGAAAAACAUAUCAACCUCAUUGAUAUAUCCAGCAUUCCUUCCUAUGACUGGAUGAGAAGAGUUACACAAAGAAAAAAAGUAUCUAAGAAGGGAAAAGCCUGUCUGCUGUUUGACCAUCUGGAGCCCAUUGAACUGGCCGAGCACCUUACUUUUCUGGAGCACAAAUCUUUCAGACGGAUUUCUUUCACAGAUUAUCAAAGCUAUGUAAUUCAUGGUUGCCUGGAGAAUAACCCUACCUUGGAAAGAUCCAUUGCUUUAUUUAAUGGGAUCUCUAAAUGGGUCCAAUUGAUGGUUCUUAGUAAACCAACUCCACAGCAAAGAGCUGAAGUCAUCACAAAAUUUAUAAAUGUUGCCCAGAAACUCCUUCAGCUGCAGAAUUUCAACACACUGAUGGCAGUGGUUGGAGGACUGAGCCAUAGUUCUAUUUCCCGCCUCAAAGAGACUCAUUCUCAUCUUUCUUCAGAAGUUACGAAGGAUUGGAAUGAAAUGACAGAACUGGUCUCCUCCAGUGGCAAUUACUGUCGUUACCGCAAAGCUUUUGCUGACUGUGAAGGCUUCAAAAUCCCCAUCCUAGGCGUUCACUUGAAAGACUUGAUUGCCGUUCAUGUCAUUUUUCCAGACUGGACUGAAGAUCAUAAAGUCAAUAUUGUGAAGAUGCACCAGCUCUCAGUGACCUUGAGUGAGCUGGUUUCCCUCCAGAGUGCCUCACAUCACUUGGAACCUAACAUGGAUUUAAUCAACCUCCUAACACUUUCUCUUGACCUCUAUCACACAGAAGAUGAUAUUUACAAACUCUCAUUGGUGCUGGAGCCCAGGAAUUCUAAAUCGCCUACCUCUCCUACAACUCCUAACAAACCAGUAGUGCCAUUGGAGUGGGCAUCGGGGGUGAUGCCCAAGCCUGACCUGACUAUUAUUAACAAGCACAUAAGGAAGUUAGUCGAGUCUGUUUUUAGAAACUAUGAUCAUGACCAUGAUGGGUAUAUCUCCCAAGAGGACUUUGAAAGUAUUGCCGCCAACUUUCCCUUCUUGGAUUCCUUCUGUGUGUUGGACAAAGACCAGGAUGGCUUAAUUAGUAAAGAUGAAAUGAUGGCUUAUUUCCUAAGAGCUAAAUCUCAACUCCAAUGUAAAAUGGGACCAGGAUUUGUCCAUAAUUUUCAAGAGGUGACCUAUCUUAAACCAACUUUCUGUGAACAUUGUGCAGGAUUCCUCUGGGGCAUAAUCAAGCAAGGAUAUAAAUGCAAAGAUUGUGGAGCCAACUGUCACAAGCAAUGCAAAGACCUUCUCGUGCUGGCAUGCAGGAAAUUUGCAAGGGGGACCUCCGUGGGAAGUGGCCAUGGCUCUCUUCCAGGCAGCCCAUCAUUGCCGCCAGUUCAGGAUGAGGUGUUUGAGUUUCCUGGGGUUGCUGCUGGACAUCAGGAUCUGGAUAGCCGAGCCAUCACCCUGGUGACAGGUUCUUCCCGCAAGAUUUCCGUGCGCCUUCAGAGAGCCACCACCAGUCAGGCCACUCAAACGGAGCCCAUGUGGCCUGAGUCUGGAUGGAGCGACUCAGGAUCUCACACAUUUCCCAAAAUGAAAUCCAAGUUCCAUGGUAAAGCUGGAAAGGACAAAGGCUUUGCCCGAUGGGAGAAUGAGAACCCUGGGGGGCAGGUCACCAAGAACAUGGUGAGCCAGAGCACAGAGUAUGAACUGGACCAGAAUGGAGCAGACACCAAUGAAGCUAACCAAGAAUGUGAGGAUGGCUGACCCCUGGAUGGGGAAAAUGAAUGUCUAAUGAACUUGGCAGUUGUAUAAAGCAAGAUGGAGAAUUAUGAAGACCAUGGUCUAGUCUGGGAAAAUGAUCAAAAAAUAUUCCUGCCUUGUGAACUUCUCAGGUCAUCCUGUCCCAAGAGUGUGAUGGAAGGUCCCUGUCUGUGCAGCACAAAAAUCAAUGUACUAUUUAUUUCUCCCCCUUCCCCCAGUGACUGAUGUUAGGCAUUUCAGAAACAAUGAAGACUGCUAUAUGGCAACUCUAACACUCUUGUUUUUUCUUUCUUUGUGGGUGAAAAGAAUGCUUUUUGUGCAUGUUUUACCCAUUCUCUAAACUGAAUGUAUUUGUUUUUUUCUUUUCUUGUGAAAAUAUCUUAUCAUUUUUAUAAACUUAAUGUGGGUAGAGAUCAAACAAGUGUCAAAUCUCUGAGUUGAAGAAGACGUCUAACUGGUAUCUGAUGCCUGGGGUAAGUGACAAAUCAAAUUCUGGUGGGCUUGAGGGGUGAGGAAGAGAUCUUGAAUAGCAAGGCCUCCAGUAGUAGAAGGGAUUACUAUUGGAAAGGCCACCGUCAAAAGAGGGAGAGGGACAGGAAAGCACCAAGGAAGAGUUCAUGAGAGGGACAGCUGCCUGGAUUAGGAAGUCAACCCAUGAUCUGGUAGCUCCUAUUCCCCCAAUUUGUUUUGCUAAAUAAGUGCUAAAUUUAAUUAUUGCUACCUGAAGAAGGAACACGUGUCAGCACACUCUAAGUUUUGGUUCUGGAGAUAAAACCCUUCCAACUCCACUCUUAUUAUGACUCUGGGUGGAAUACUUCACCCCAUAAUACUCAUUUUGCCAAGCACCAGAACUUUUUUCUUUUUUUUUGGAUAACCCCAGAACAGACCCAGCAAAACAUAGAAUUCACCAUUUCCUCUAUGCACUCAUUGUCACAGGUAACAAGUUUGUCCUUUUUUAUAUUUAUUUCACUUAAGUUGUAACAUCUGAAGCCUCUGGGAAAAUCAAACAUAUGGUCUGGAAGAACUCCCUAAACAUACUUAGUCCCUUAUAAAAAUAAUGAUUAUUUUGGUAGAACAUUAACUGUUUGAUCCAUUAGACUUGGUUUAGAAAUGUUCCUUUUUAUUUUGUAACUACUGAAAUGUUCCAGUCUUAGACAAUGAAUUUUGAGGAAAAAAAAAUCCUAGCUACAGACAAAACAACAACAAUGAAAGCAAACUUUUUUCUUCUUCCAGGAAUCUUGUUGCUAAAAAAAGAGAACUCUUGGUCACAGAAACGAUUCUCAGUGUUCUUUUUUUGUAACUGAUUAUGUAACACCCAUAAAUAAAAACUAGUCUUGGGAGAGAGUUGAUCCUCAUUAAUCAUCACCAUCAUGAAUCUUUGAGUAAUUAUGGACAUUGAGACAUGUGAAGCACUGCAUCUCAAUUACUAUAAUUGUCAAUGAUCUAAAAGAACUAAAGGUUAAUUUAUUUUUGAGACUGAAUUUGGGGAAAGUGGGUUCCAGGUGCCUAGGAAGAGAACCACAUGAUUGGCUCUGAAAAUUAGAGAAUACACUGUUUACCAAGAAGACAAUGAGGAAUCAUAAUCACAUGAUCAUAGAUCUAGAAGAGAACUGAGAUAUGCUGAGAAAUUUGCUCAAGGUUGCACAUAAUGGCUGAUUUGAAAACAGAUUCAAACCAAUGUUCUCUGAUACCAAAUGCAGCAUUGUUUUAUUGAAUCAUCUUGGCAAAGCUGUAAUCUUAGAAAUAACCUGCUUGAUGACUCUCUUAUAUCAAGAAAAACAAACUAGGGAGAAAUGACUUAAAGUUAAUAGUAUUUGCUACUAUUAUGAAGAUAUCCAUCUGGAAGAAUGGUUUUAUAUAAGUGUCGAGUUCUUCCAGUGCUCUGUUUUCAGACAACAUUGUGCCAAUUGCAUCAGUUUUUAGAACAAUGCAGUCUACUAAAUGGAACUAUAAUCACGAAGAAAAUUUGAUCUAAUCUAGUGGAUAGAAUCAAAUGGGUGAAAAGUAAUUAUUGUCCAGACAAUGAUCUCACUCAGGCUACUCUGGGAGUUUAGGUUCAUGAUUGAAUGAAGAGACAUAUGUGGAACAUUUAGCAGUUAAUUAAAGUUCUACUCAUAGAAAAGAGAAGGAUAUUUAACAACGAUAUUUAAUGAAAAUGCCGUAUUAAUUCAGUUGAGCAUUUCUCCUCAGGGUUAGUCAUGCAGUUGAUCCAUGAUCAAAGACAAAGAGAGCUAGAGCUCCUUGUGGCCUAUUCUCAGAUUUUCAGCAAGGCAUCAAUAUGGCAGGUCUUAGCCCCUGAGCUAGUCAAGUCUCAAGGACAGUUUCAGAGCCUUUUAAGAAAAAGAUCUACAGCUGAUUAAUUUAAUAUAUAUGCUGGAGAAACUGUACCUGUGAUUUCAUUGGUAUAGGCAACUCAGUGAGGAAACUUCCUCAAUCCAUGUAAAUUGCCAUCUGCUGUACAACUUAAAAAAUAUAGUUGCUUUAGUAGUACUGAAAAGUGACUUACCCGGUCAUACUGUAUGUUUCAGAGGUUAGGUUUGAAGCCAAGUUUUCCUGACUCACAAGCUGCUUCUCUAUUUACUAUACCAAAUUUCUUCUCACACACUAAGCAACAUUAAUGUUUAAU